GGUUAAAUAAAACUAGGUGGCAGUAUCUCAAAGUAACAGUUACUUGCAUACAAGAUUACUUACUUACAUAGACUUACUAUCAUUAAAAUGGCAUUAAAGUCUGUAGUUCUCUGCAUGUUUGCAGUUUUGGUUCAGCAGUCUCUGGCUGGUCCGUAUUACCUCCCAAAAUCAUCAAGUUGUGGCUGCAGCUCUGGUAAAGUGAUUAUCAAAGAAAUCGACGAAAUCGAAGAGAUAUCUUACAAACCUAUCAGAAGCUACUCAAGCAACUGCGUGUCUAUCGAUAUCCCCAACAACGGAGGGGCCCUAACUAUUUCUAGCAUCGGCCCAAUCGCGCCCGCCGGCAUCGCCGUCGCCACCGACCUAGCUCUGGCGGGAGACCUGGUGCUCUCCGGCGAGCUGCCGUACCUGAGUGCGGUGGCGUUCGAGGGCAAGUUCGACACUAGCGGCGCCGUGCCAGUGGCGUACGGCUGCGGGGACUGUGUCGCCAUCACGCAGGAGCUCGGCAACCCCAGCGGCAUCAACGCCAAUAUCAACUCUGGCUCGUCCAAGAUCAUCAGCUGCGGUUGCGGCAAAUACUAAAAAUAACAUUUUGUUUAGGAUGUUUUAAUAAAUUAAUAUUUAUAUACAAA